AUGAGAACUCCGCUGCUGCCUCAGGCGCCGGUGGUGCUGUGGCUCUUGAUCCUCGGCUCAGGCCAUCAUGCUGUUGGAUUGGAUCUCAAUGACACUGACUCUGGGAAAGGGGAACCAUUGUCCAAGAACCACAGUACUAGUGGACCUGAGGUUGCUUCAAGAAAUGAGACGACUCCAGGAAUUGAGACUUCCCCUGUGACUGAAACGCCUUCUAGUACUGAAGUGUCCUCAGGAACUGACUAUGACUAUUUAGAAUAUGAUGCUGAACUACAAAUAUCUGGCUACAUCGUGGAUGAUUCAGUCAGAGUUGAACAGGUAAUUAAGCCCAAGAAAAACAAAACAGAAAGUGAAAAGACUUCAGAUAAACCCAAAAGAAAGAAAAAAGGAGGGAAAAGUGGAAAAAAUAGAAGAAACAAAAAGAAGAAAAAUCCAUGUGAUACAGAAUUUCAAAAUUUCUGCAUUCAUGGAGAAUGCAAAUAUAUAGAGAAUCUGGAGGCAGUAACAUGCAAAUGUCAUCAUGAUUAUUUUGGUGAACGGUGUGGAGAAAAAUCCAUGAAGACUCACAGCAUGGGUGACAGAGAUUUCUCAAAAGUUGCGUUAGCAGCUAUAGCUGCCUUUGUCUCUGCUACGAGCUUCACAGCUGUUGCUGUUGUUAUUACAGUCCAGCUUCGAAAAAGAUACUUCAGAGAAUUUGAAGAAGAAGCAGAAGAACAAAAGAAACUUCAACAAGAAAAUGGACAUGCACAUGCUAUAGCAUAA